AUGAAGGUGUGCAACAUUUAUAUUAAAGAUGAGGAGAUAAUAAAGUAUAAACUUACACCAAAUGCCAUUUCCGAUAAAAAUCUUCAAAUCAUAUUACGUGAUUUACGUCGAUGGCAACAACUGUAUAAUAAGGAAAGUACGGUGACAAAAGACAUAUGCGAAGACCUGAUGAAAAAAGAAAUAAAGAAGACGACGAAAAAGAAUAUCAAGAAACUUUACAAGUAUUUGAAAGAUUACAAUCAAUUCAUGGAGGUUCAGGAGGUUCGAAUUCAAUUAAUGAACAUGUUAAAAUUUAUUAACAAAAUCGACAGAGUACAAGAUGAUAAUCCGAUGUUCAUUCCAACAACCUUUGAUGGGGAUGAUAGAAGUUGUUUACAUGAAGUUACCUUGGAAUUCAUGGAUAAUGUUAAUAAAUACAUUUGGAACAAUAGAUACCGACGAAAAGAGUUGAAUAAUACCAAUCAAGGUGUGCAUCAAAGUCGAUUCAUCUCGUUGAUAUAG